GCUCUGACAGCAUACCUUCACCUCAGACAGGUGUUUGUUCCACGGAGAGCGGUCAGAGGAGUUUAACAGGUGUAGACUCAACCCACUUCUUCUCUCUCUCUCUUUCUCUCUCUCUCUCUUUCUUUUUCUCUGUACUUCUUCUUUAGCCUCACUCGUACAGGUGAUGUGAGAGGCAUGCAGUGCAGCUUCUCAGAAGAGCCUCAGGAUUUCUGUUAAAGCUCAUGCAGGGGAGGUUCGCUUUAGCUGAGACGCCAUGACCUGGACAAACCCGCUGACCCUUCUCAGGCACGGCUGGACGAGGCACCGAGACGUAGACAGACCCGUCAGGACGGUGGUCUCUAACUUACCCUUCGAAGACCUGAAGAAACGAGAGCAGCCGAACCGACGGUACGAGGGCAACGCCAUCAGAACCAACAAAUACAGACUGUGGUCCUUCAUCCCCAUGAACCUAUUCGAGCAGUUCCACCGUAUGGCCAACGUUUACUUCGUGGGCCUGGCCAUCUUGAACUUCGUCCCGGUGGUGAACGCGUUCCAGCCCGAGGUGGCUCUCAUUCCCAUUUGUGUCAUCCUGGCACUGACCGCUGUGAAGGACGCUUGGGAAGACUUCCGGAGGUACCAGACGGACCAGAAGCUCAACAACAUGCCCUGCUUCAUAUUCAGCAGGAAGCAGAUGUGUUUCGUGGAGAGGCGGUGGAAGGAUGUCCGUGUGGGGGAUUUCGUGAGAGUGCUCUCUAACCAGAUCAUCCCGGCUGACAUCCUGCUCCUGCACACGUCUGACCCUAAUGGAGUGAGUCACAUAGAAACAGCCAAUCUGGACGGAGAGACCAACCUCAAACAGAGGAAGGUGGUGCCGGGCUUUUCUGCUCCGGGUGAAGCGUUUCAGCCUCAGGCGUUUGACAGCGCCGUAGUGUGUGAAAACCCCAACAACAACCUCAACCUGUUCAAAGGUUACCUGGAGAGGUCUGAUAAGACGAGGACGGGCUUCGGCAUCGAUAGUCUUCUGCUGCGCGGCUGCACGCUGAGAAAUACUGAUGAUGCAGCUGGAAUAGUGGUGUACGCAGGACACGAGACCAAAUCCAUGUUAAACAACAGCGGGCCCAGGUACAAGCGCAGCAAGAUCGAGAGGAAGAUGAACACGGAUGUCCUCUUCUGCGUGGUUCUUCUAUUUUUCAUGUGUCUCGUCGGAGCCCUGGGCCAUGCGAUCUGGUUGGAAACGUUUACCAGCAUGCCCUCGUACGUCGUCCCUGACACUAAUGGCAAUUACACUCCCUCGGUCCUAGCGGGAUUUUACAUGUUCUUCACCAUGAUCAUCUUACUGCAGGUGAUGAUCCCCGUCUCGCUGUACGUGUCCAUUGAGCUGGUGAAGAUAGGGCAGAUCUUCUUCAUCACUCACGACUUGGAGCUGUACGACGAGGAGCUGGACAGCCGGGUCCAGUGCCGUGCUUUGAACAUCACCGAGGACUUGGGACAGAUCCAGUACGUCUUCUCAGACAAGACAGGGACGCUAACAGAAAACAAGAUGGUGUUCAGGCGCUGCUCCGUCAUGGGGACCGAAUAUAGCCAUGAGGAGAACGCUGCUCGUUUGACGGUCGUCAGUGGAGCGAACGAAGAGGAGGAGGUCACUAUCUACCAACAGACAAAGCUUCCUCCGCUCUUCCCUCUGGAAGAAUUACAGGACAUCCACGCAGGGGACAAAAAUCGCGCCAACACUCAAGCAGCAGCUGCCAAUCGGCGCAGAUCAAAAGUGGCAGCAGGAGCCCAAAGUGACAUGGCCUUCAGCAGUCCUCUGGAAACGGUGGUGGUUCCAGACAGGAAGCUGAUGCAGGAGGCGGAGGGCGGCCGGGACGGGCCCUACCUGGACUUUUUCCUGGCUCUGGCCAUCUGCAACACGGUGCUGGUUUCCUCCUCGACGGCCCAAAGACAGAGGGUCAAAGGGCGGCGUAACUCCUCGUCCCCGGGAGGCUCCUUUCAUGAGAUGCAGCAGUGGUUUAGAAAGUCUUCCGUGGGGAGGCUUUUCACCUCCGUGAGACGAGGAGACGCUCUCUCGGAUCCGUUCUCCAUCGAUGAAGACCGGCCCGCCUCGGGACGCGAGGUUAAGAGCGCUCAGCGCGGGUCAGAGGAGCUGUGUUACGAGGCCCACAGCCCAGAUGAGGCCGCUCUCGUUCACGCCGCAAAGGCUUAUGGGUUCACCCUGCUGGAGCGCAGCCCUCGUCACGUGACCGUCAAGCUGCCCGGCGAAGCUCUGCUGAGGUUCGAGGUGCUGGACGUCCUGACCUUCGACCCCACGAGGAGGAGGAUGUCCAUCAUCGUGCGACAUCCGCGCACCAAUCAGAUCGUCAUGUACACUAAAGGAGCUGACUCGGCCGUCAUGGAGAGACUGGGGAGCGUGUUCUCAGACGUGACGCGAGCGGACAGCGAGGCGAAGCAGCUUGCUGUAAAAACUCAGAAGGACCUCGACAUGUACGCCAGGAACGGACUACGCACGCUCUGCUUCGCCAAGAAGGUCAUCGGCGAGCAGGAGUUCAGGGCCUGGUCGGCGCUCAGACGCGAGGCUCUGUCGGCGAUGGAGGAGAGAGAAGAGCGUCUGAUGGAGACCGCUGCCUUCCUCGAGAACGGCUUCACUCUGCUGGGGGCCACCGGCAUCGAGGACCGUCUCCAAGAGAGCGUCCCAGAAACCAUCAGGGCUCUGAGACGAGCUGGCAUGAAGGUAUGGGUGCUGACGGGGGACAAACCCGAGACGGCCGUCAACAUCGCCUACUCCUGCAAGCUUCUGGAGCACCAGGACCUGGUCUUCACCUUCAGCACCAGGAGAAAGUCCGUGUGUAAAGCCCGGCUGGAGGACACGCUAGGAGAGCUCCGGCGGAGCAGGCUGUCUCCAGGAGAGCCGGUGGAGCCCAGCGUCGGGCUGGUGAUCGACGGGCCCACUCUGAGCAUGGCCAUGUCGGACGAGCUGCUGGAGCCCUUCGUGGAGCUCUGCAAGUUCUGCCGGGCGGUGCUCUGCUGUCGAGUGACGCCGCUGCAGAAGAGCGCCGUGGUCGAGCUCGUCCGCCGCAAGCUCGGGGUCAUGACCCUCGCCGUCGGUGACGGCGCCAACGACGUGAACAUGAUCCGAGCCGCGGACGUCGGCGUUGGAGUUUCCGGACAAGAGGGCAUGCAGGCUGUCAUGGCCAGCGACUUCGCCAUCACACGCUUCAAACACCUGCAAAGACUGCUGCUGGUUCACGGACACUGGUGCUACUCCAGGCUGGCCAACAUGGUCGUCUAUUUCUUCUACAAGAACGUGGCGUACGUGAACCUGCUCUUCUGGUAUCAGUUCUUCUGCGGCUUCUCCGCCACAGCCAUGAUCGACUACUGGCUCAUGAUAUUCUUCAACCUGUUCUUCACCUCUGCUCCUCCCAUCAUGUUUGGGAUCAUGGACAAAGAGGUGUCAGACUCCACGUUACUGAGGCUGCCCGAGCUCUAUAAGAGAGGACAGCACUCAGAGGGCUACAGGCGCUCAACGUUUUGGAUGGCGAUUCUCGACGCUUUCUAUCAGAGCCUGGCGUGCUUCUUCAUUCCGUACUGGACGUACGGCGGUUCAGACGUCGGUAUAUUCGCGUUCGGCACCCCCAUGAACACGGCGUCUCUGUUCACCAUCAUCCUGCAUCUGGCCAUUGAGAUCAAGAGCUGGACGGCGGUGCAUUGGGUGAUCAUGAUCGGCAGCGUCCUGGUGUACUUCGUCGUGACUCUGGCCUACAGCGCCAUCUGCAUCAGCUGCAACCCUCCGUCCGACCCCUACUGGAUCAUGCAAAAACAAAUGGCCGACCCCGUGUUCUACCUCGUCUGCAUCCUAACAACGACGGUUGCUUUACUGCCAAGGUACACCUUCCACGUCCUGCGGGGCACGCUGAAGCCCUCCCUCCACCUCGACGCGCGGCGGCUCGAGCGGCUCGGCCCGUCCUAUCGGGAGCAGCGGAUCAGAGAGUGGCGUGGUCUCCGAGACACGUGCGUCCCUCCUUCUGUCAGAUCCCGGGAACACGGCUCCUCUCCCUGCCCCAGAGCGUGAAGCGCACGGCCCCGUCCUCACGCGCAGAGACAACAAUGCGAUGCACAAAAACCCCCAGCCGACCGAAAGCCACGCAUUCGCCGGCAUGCACGCGCGCGGGGCUCGAUUUAGGCCGGGCCGGGGGAAUAAUCUCUCUUGAACUGGCUUCCCCGCCGCAUCCCAGGUUUGCACAGCCCGCGCUCCAUCAAUACAUGCGUGUAAUUUCUCGCCGAUGUGAAUGUAAUCUGCUCGGCGGAUGCAGCUGAGCCUUUUCCCUUCUGUCAGACCACUUCCUGUUGUCACGCGGACCCCAUUUGUAUGCGCUUUGAGCCGCUCAUGUAAUAAUCGAGGUUUGCAGAUGUUACGUAAUAUCUCGCCCCCGACAGAAAUGCGAGCGAGUUAAGGAGGCCGGAUCUCCUUCUAUUUAUUAAUUCCUAUGAAUGCGUCGGCGCGUAACGCUUGCGCCGUUAUUUGAAUAUUUAAUUGCCCUUCUGACGUCCGGCUGACGUUCUUCACUCACGAUGCGGUCAGCGAUGACCUCACGCUCAGACGGAUCAUAGCAGCUCGCAUCCGCAUCCUUCCAGCAUGUGUGUAACACACACCGCAGCGUGGAAAAAAGGCUCUAUUUGCACAACCCAAGGCGCUUUUAUGUAACCGUGUCACGGGCUUCUUCUGGGACGCCUCUGCUAUCUAGUGGUGCUCUGACGAACUGCAAACACAGCCGUCCAUUUAGGGAGGAGAGGAGACACAAGAUGGUUGAAGUCUGAACGUCAGAGCAACAUAUGCUUUGGCGCUUUGUUGCAUCAAUGCAUUUACCAUGUUUUUAAUACGUUAGAUGCAUUGCGAGUGUUAAAUAUAUGUUAAAUGCAUCCCUGUGCGAUGCAAGUGAGAGUUUAUUAUUAUUUAAUAUGCGAAUGCGAUACAGCCCCCUAAUAUUUAAUAAAACACCUGUAUGCGAUUUGUAAAUGUAAUGCGUGUAAUUUUCAAGGCAAAGAAAACUCCUUUUAAAGCUUGGUUUUCUACGCCUUUUAUCAACGGUGAGAUUUAACCCGGAAAGCGGCAACUCUUAUCUUUUUUUGUUCCUGCGUAAUAUGGUUGAUGUCUACAAUAUGAAGAAACGUUUGACUUAGAAAUAAAAUGGCCUUUGAACGAUGAUAUUCGCGUAAUAAAAUGUAAUUAAUUA